UUGCGGACAUAUAAAAAGUUCAGGUAAGAAACCUUAACAUUUUCAUGGUGACCUCGAGUAGGUUCUAUAGAACCAUGAAUUUUGUACAGAAACAAACACUGUUGGAUGUAUCGGUCUCUUUCUUCGGAUAGGCUCAGGUUGAAAUACCCAAUUCCCCAUAACCCCAGCCCCACAAGCUUAAUACAACGCAUCAAUUCCGUUUCCAACUUGGAUCAAAUCAACGAAACCAAGAAAAUGGAUCGAAGAAAGGCAAAAGCAAAUUUAGAAAAAGCAAAUUUAGAAAAAGCAAAGCAAUUACUUUAAAGAAAGAACCACAGUCCAUCAACUUCUUUAUUUCCCUCUCUUCUUUUUUUUUUUUUUUUUUUUUUUUACAGAUUCCCCUUUUCUCUUUAUUCCCUCCUUCAAUGGCGGAAAACAUCUCCCAUCUCAUUCUCCUCUUCUUCCUCUUUCUUUCCUCAGAAGCCGCAAAGUUCCGAAUAGUAAACAAAUGUAGACAUACAGUUUGGCCUGGAUUACUCUCAGGUGCGACCUCCCCUCCACUUCCAACAACUGGGUUUUCUCUCCAACCUGGAAAAUCCCGAACUUUCAACUUUCCCAAAUCAUGGUCGGGUAGAAUCUGGGCCCGUACUCUUUGCUCAACCGACCCAACAACCCAAAAACUCGUUUGUCUCACAGGAGAUUGCGCCUCCGGUAAACUAGAAUGCGGCGGAGCCGGCGCAAUCCCACCUGCAACAUUAGCCGAGUUUACACUAAACGGCGCCGGUGGACUUGACUUUUAUGACGUCAGCUUAGUGGACGGCUAUAAUCUACCCAUUCUUGUUGUGCCACGUGGUGGUAAAGGAGGGGAUUGUAGUCCAACUGGUUGUCUUGUUGACUUAAACGGCGCGUGUCCUAAAGAGUUAAGCGUGGAAGUCGCACGUGGGAAUGGGAGUGAGCUUGUGGGAAAGGGGACUGCUGUAGCGUGUAAGAGCGCGUGUGAAGCAUUCGGAGCGCCUCAGUUUUGUUGUAGUGAAGGGUUUAACACGCCUGACACGUGUAGUCCGUCGAUUUAUUCAGUCUAUUUUAAGAAGGCUUGUCCACGCGCGUAUAGUUACGCGUAUGAUGAUAAGACGAGUACUUUCACUUGUGGUGGCGCUGAUUAUAUCAUUGUGUUUUGUCCUCCUCCUUACACAAGCGAAAAAUUGCUUGGAAAACGAAAAAUGGCAGGUGAAUUACCACUGGUGAACAAAAAAAUGAUGUACUUGCAUUCAAGAGGCAGCAAAGCAUCCGCGGCAGGUCUGGCUAUUACUCAACUUAUCACUACUACCCUUUUUGUAUUAUGUUGUGUUUCCUGGGAUUUCAUUCUUGUUUUCUAACACUCAUGGGAAACUUUCAGGACAAUAGCCGAGAAGUGGGAGUUCUCUUUUCACCCCAUUUCUUUGUACCAUUUAUCUUCACCAUUUACCACUUUGUAGACCUCUAUUCAUGGGCAGACAAUGCCACGCUGUGUAUAAUCUGGAAAUUGCGUAAGAACGAAAUUGUAAAUAUAGAUUUUUCUUCUCGUUCUCAUGAAGGGCUCAUUUUUGGAACAUAUUAUACAAUGAAUCCAAUACAAUGUUGUACUCGAGAUUUUCAUCAGAUGUCGCGUUCUUGAGUAUCUAUUAUUUGAUCUUGUUGAUCAUGAACAAUGUCAAGUUUUGUAAUUCUAAUGGUGGUUUAAGAACUUGAUACUUCAAUUUCAGCCAUAAGGAUGGAGUUUGUACACUAAAA